GAGCUAUUUUGAAAGUGACCCUGGGCUCGGGCGCCCGGGGCGGCGGGAACCAUGACAGAAGAUGACCGAGGCGGCGCUGGUGGAAGGCCAGGUCAAGCUGCGGGACGGCAAGAAGUGGAAGAGUAGGUGGCUGGUGCUGCGCAAGCCGUCGCCGGUGGCAGACUGCCUGCUCAUGCUGGCCUACAAAGACAAGUCGGAGCGCGCCAAGGGCCUCCGGGAACGCAGCAGCCUGACCCUGGAGGACAUCUGUGGCCUAGAGCCAGGUCUGCCCUACGAGGGCCUGCCCCACACGCUGGCCAUCGUCUGCCUGUCCCAAGCCGUCAUGCUGGGCUUUGACAGCCGAGAGGUCAUGUGCGCCUGGGAUGCCCGGAUCCGAUACGCACUGGGUGAGGUGCACAGGUUCCACGUGACAGUGGCGCCAGGCACCAAGCUGGAGAGCGGCCCAGCCACCCUGCACCUCUGCAAUGACGUCCUCGUCUUGGCCAGGGACAUCCCCCCGGCCGUCACGGGGCAGUGGAAGCUGUCUGACCUCCGGCGCUACGGGGCCGUGCCCAACGGAUUCAUCUUCGAGGGCGGGACCAGGUGUGGGUACUGGGCCGGAGUCUUCUUCUUGUCCUCUGCCGAGGGGGAGCAGAUCAGUUUUCUGUUCGACUGCAUUGUCCGAGGCAUCUCACCCACCAAGGGCCCCUUUGGGCUGCGGCCAGUUCUCCCAGACCCAAGCCCUGGGGGGCCCUCAGCCGUGGAGGAACGAGUGACCCAGGAAGCCCUGGAGGCUCUGCAGCUGGACAAGCGGCUCAGUCUCCUGGCGCCCUCUGGCCGGCCGGGCAGUGCAGGGGACGACCGCAGCCUGUCCAGUUCUUCCUCAGAGGCCAGCCACUCAGACAUCAGCGCCAGCAGUCGGCUCACUGCAUGGCCGGAGCAGUCCUCAUCCUCCGCCAGCACGUCGCAGGAGGGUCCGGGGCUGGCGGCUGCCCAGGUGCCAGGGGAAGCCACGCUGGGCGCAUCGAGGCCGCCCCCCAAACCGCUCCGACCACGGCAACUGCAGGAGGUUGGCCGCCAGAGCUCGUCGGACAGCGGCAUCGCUACAGGCAGCCACUCCUCCUACUCUGGCAGCUUCUCCUCCUACGCGGGCAGCAGCCUGGACGUGUGGCGGGCCGGUGACGAGUUCGGCUCGCUGCUCAGCUUGCCACCAGCUGCCGGGGCGGUGGAGCCCAGCCUGUGUGCCUGCCCGCCCGGGGCGGCUGAGUACCAGGUGCCCGCGGGACUGCGGCCUCACUACGACACUCCUCGCAGCCUGCGCCAGGCUCCAAGGGACCAGAGUCCGGCCUCCCAGGGUGGCCCGGACGAUGCUGUGGCUGGGGACUCGGGCGGCCAGACAUCCACUGGGUGUCCCUCAGGCUGGCUGGGUGCGAGACGGCGGGGACAGGCGACAGAGGCCCCCCCAGGCAGCGGGGCUAUGCUGCCCAGCCCAGCCUCCGGCGAGCCCUGGGGUGCCAGUGGCCCCCACGCUGGGCCAUCUCCAGCUUUCUUUUCACCAUGUCCAGUCUGUGGAGGACUCAAGGGAGCCGCUGCCUCACUGCUGGGACUCGAGAUGACACAUUCAGGAUCCCCAAGGCCGGGGAAUACAGGCAGCCCAGGGCUGGAAAGGCCAAGCAGAGAGCUGGCCACCUACGUGAACAUCCCCAUCAGCCCCUCCUCCAGACAGCAGCUGCACUACCUGGGUCUGGAGCUCCAGGAGGCCAGUCCGGGCGUUCGAGGGGCCAGCACCUCCCGAUACACCCAGAUCAACAUCACAGCCACCCAGGCAGCGCAUAGGGUGGGAGCCCAGCAUGCACAGGACCGAGAAGAGCAGCUGUCCGAGCUGGAGCAGAGGAAAGGGGCCCCACAAUGA